GUCUUCUGCAGCUCCGCUCCCUGCUCUGGUGGACACAAGAUCCUCAGAAGACAAUGAGGCAGCUAAAAGGAAAACCCAAAAAAGAGACCUCCAAAGACAAAAAGGAGAGGAAACAGGCAAUGCAGGAGGCCCGGCAGCAAAUCACCACCGUGGUGCUUCCCACGCUGGCCAUUGUGGUAGUUCUGAUCGUUGUGUUUGUCUAUGUAGCAACACGUCCAAAUACAACCGAAUGAUGCAGCUUUUCAGACUCUCUAACUUCGGGGUAUUAAUACUUUAUCAGGAGCCAAAAAACCUCUCUGCCACUCUUUUAAUACUUUACAAAGGAACUUGCUUUUAUCUUCAGUCUUUCCCUUGGCUGGGGUUCUUCAAUUUCUCUUUGGGAAUGUAACAUAAAACGUAUUAGUGAAUGUGCCAGUACGUUUUAUGGUCCAGUUCUUGUGCCUUUCAGACUUUUAAAAUGGUGUUUUUCUUAAAUCUGUUUGAAGUUCUAUAUUGUAAAAGGAAAUUCUGUUCUGCCAUAAAUUUGUAAAAAUCAGCUCUCAGCUAUUACCAUUGUUAUGGAUAAUGUUGCUCCCGUGAGCUCUUGUAUGUCUAUUUGAGAACUUCCCAAAGAAGUGUAUUUCUUCUUUGUACUUAAUGUCAUAUGAAAUGCUUUGAUUCAGA